AUGGCUGCAGAUGGAAACCGAGCAAAGCGCAGCGGAAACAGACAGUUGGCCACAACUGGUUUCACUUUGUUGGGCACCUUGAUGAGUUGUAUCACUCUCUUGCCCGACCUGAGGAAGCAGGCGCCAGAUAAACAUCUAAUCGCCUUUGCCCAACCUCAAUUUCAGGUGUCCAAAGCAGCCGCCGACUUGUUGGCAUACUGUGACGCUCACAUACGCGAGGACCCCCUCAUCGUGCCCGUCCCGGCCUCCGAGAAUCCUUUCCGGGAGAAGAAGUUCUUCUGCACCAUCCUCUGA